AUGCUCGCUCUACUCAAAGAUACUCUCUCUCUGGCGAGGGCGCUCAGCAUCACUAACCGGCAACCGAGAUCGGGCUAUGGUCUCGUGCGCCUUUUCUCAUCAUCCCACCCACGAAUCAAGUUCCGGCGACAUCCUACCGAAGCCGAGCUUCUUGAAAUGUCACCGAGUUCGCCAUGGUACUACAAAACGAGGGAGGAUCCCGAAUCCCGCAGGAGAAGAAACAUGCACCAAAAACUUGUACACGAAAGGGUGAAGCAACGACGCCAAGACGAUCCCGAAUACAACCUGAAGGUGUUGAGUCGCUGGAGGAACAAGUCAAAAAAUGAAGAUCAUCGCCUUCUUGGAAGCCUCCGUAGGUGGCUAACAGAGAUACCGGCAUCACAAAGGGAAGCUUACGCCUGGAAAACUCACCUGUCUGUUGUGUUUCCGGAGAAGCAGCGCUUUACAUGUAUUGUCUGCGCGGAUUACCCUGCGAAUUCGAGGGUCUGGUGGAAGCGACUGGACGGCCAUACCGCUCCUGCGACGUCCGACGCGCAAGAAUAUACCUGCCAUUCUUGUUACAUGGACCAAGAUUCGUUCAAGAUUUACCCGGUGGAAUUCGAAAACCAUGUCCCUGGGCCGGGUAAGAAGAAGCCCAAGCCGUACAAGCCAUACUAG